CGCGGAUGCUCGAAUGCAAAUGGAGGGAGUGCGAAUACACGACGGAUAAUCACGAUGAUCUGGUCAAACACACGAACAACCACACCAAUGAGUCUCUGACAUGUCUCUGGGAAGGCUGCAAGAAGCGUGAUCCGCACAGCACCAAGUACACGCUGCAGGCCCAUCUGAGAAAACAUACCGGUGACAGACCGUUCAAGUGUAACGAAUGCGACAAGACCUACACGCGCUCCGAUGCACUUAAUAAGCAUAUUAAAAGACACGAAAAAGCAGAUUCAUACAACAAAGAGCUAAUCUACCAUAUAAACGAACUUAACGGCAUCAUAGAUAGAUUUAAGGUAAUGAUCACGGAAGAAAGAAUGAAAAAUAACGCGCUUGUAAUGAGCAAUCAGUUCAUAAGAAAAUUAAUUGCUGACAAAAUAUUAAUACGUGCCAAAAAUGAAAUAAAUGGCGUAAUUCACCACACAAACAAAGGUUGGGAUGAAUAUCUGCAAUAAAAAUGAUGUUUAGUCUAUGAAAGCGUUAUUUGUGCAACGAUCGCUUUGUUAUCGGAUCAGCCACACAUAAUUGUCCUUUCUAGACGUGCAAUUCCGUAGACAUUGCCAGCACUCUCAGUAUGAUAGUAAUGAACCAUAGUUCUACAUGCUGUGCUAUCUUUGCCCCCUCAGCCUUUCCUCUUUCUCAAAUUUUUCUUUUAAAUACGCUCUGACCCGUUUAAUCGAACUCUUGGCCAUGAUGGCAUUAAACGUCACAUUCCUACCAGCGAUACUCUUACACUGCUGCAUAGCGCUACAAAUCUCAUUCUUUAUUGCUCGCGGAACCUUGAGAACGAUUAUUUGGUUGUGCAGCAGAAAUAAUGUCAGGCAUACGUUGUGAAAGUGCAUCAUACCAAAGGAACCGUACAUUUCGUACAUCUGGUCCCUAAAAAUAUUCAGCAGCGAUGCAUCACUCAUCUUCAGCAGCGUGUUAUUGCCACUCUCGAUUUUGAAAAUUACGUAGCGUACUUUUUUUGUGGCCAUGGGGAAUGACAAAAAUUAUAAUUUUGGGCUCGGUCCAAAUAUUUCGUACAUACGGACAAGCGCAAAGGCAGCGAAUAAAUGAAUGUGUUGGCGUAUAGUACCGUGUUUAUUUGGAUGUUGAUGGUGUGCAGGAGGUAAAUGGACAGUUUGAACAGUAGAGUUAGCGUGUUGCAUAAUAUGCUCACUUGGUGUAUUUUAUACGACCAAAUGGUAGCAGCAUCGAAAUGAUUGUUUUAGAUUUCACUUUACACGCGGUGCUCCGUCAAAAUUGUAGCACCUUCGUAUUUGCGUGGAGUAAAACGUUCUGUCCGAUGAAAAUACUUUAUUUAGUAUUAGCGUAAGAAGGUAAUAAUUUCAUUAAAGC